CUUGAGAACCUGCGCUCCUCGUACCAAGAGUUGGAGACGAAGCUAAAGGAAGCGGAACUUAAGAGGGAGCAGGCCGAAAAACAACUGGCGGAGAAAAACUCCGAGCAUAUCAGGGAGAAGGGCGAGCUGGAACUGAAAAAGAAUGCUGACAGCGAGACCAUCAGGAGGCAGCAAAAAGAGCUCAAUGGACUCCGGAAAUUUAUGGAGACGGCGGAGCAACACUGGGACUUGCUCAAUGAGAACAUCUUGGAGCCGCUUGGGUACCCGGAACAGCGCCGGAAUUUGUUCCCACGGGACGACCUUCUGCAACUCGCGGGCGAUGACUGCAAGGAUCUCAUCUCCGCCUCCCGCAAAAUAUGCUAUAACUUGAACAUCAAGAGGAGCCGCACUUGCGACGUGCGCAAGCUUAUUGGUAAGAUGGAUGUUUUGCCGGAGCUGGUGACGGAUCUGCAAGCAUCUUCAGCCCGAGGCGCAGCUGCAAUGGCCUUGACCAUGUGCCUAGCACAUACUCCGGGUCUUGAUCUUGAUGAAGUGACCACGGGCGUUCCUCCGGAUGCGGAUGUCGGCGCGCUGCUGGAUGCAGUGAGCGGCUACGACACCCGUAUCGCGCGCAGGAUCCGGCACGAGGAAUUCUACGACAAGGUCGUCCUCGCUGCUGACGAGCCCUUAGAAGCGGAACUUCAGAAGGAACUCGACGCCAAGGCGCGACCUGCGGAAUCCGGAGCCCAGUUUACCUGGACCAGCUCCAAGGAUGCUCCCCAAGAGGAACCCAAGACCAGCACUGCUGCCUCUGAAGAAAAAGAAAGUGAAGAAGACGUGUCUUCUCCGGCCGAAGGCGCCAAGGAACAAGAUCCAGAGGGCAAGACUUCUCCGGCUAAGGGGGAGUGAAAACUUUUAUUCCUGCGGGAAAAACAAUGCAUCAUUUUGGCCCCAGCGAGGGUUUGUAAUAAGACUUUAAAUUCUUAAGUAGCUAGGAACGAAACGAUUAUGCAUGGGGCGGAAACACUUAUCCUGCUAUCCGUUAAAUAUUAUGUGCAUGUUUCGUUUUAUGUCGGAAAGCAAGUGCUGACUUCGUUAUUUUCCGGCUUGCUCGCUUGACCUUCCACGAGCCGGAAAACCUUAGCCGGAAACGCUCGCCAGCGGCGACGAAGCCCAAUGGCAGUCCGUCCAUAACCGUGGAAACAAGCCCCCGAGCAUAGGUGCCGGAAAUCGCUACUAGGAAUCCACGAGUUCGCAACAGAUAACAACUUUAUCAGAAAACUUAAGCUUACGUCCUAAAGGACGAUUUUGAAAAUCACAACUUUCAUACACGCCUAGGCGGAAAAAAUCCAGCUCUGCGGUUUUAGUUGGAAAAAACAUACACGAUCUAAAAUGAACAAGUAAAGGAGGUAAAAGACUCAAAAGAGUGAACCAGAAGCUUUAUUUCAUUGAUCAUGUAUAACUAUUACAGAGUUUAGAACUCGGAAAAUAUAUGCUAAGUGUAGAAAGGACGUAGCUGUGCGAUAUUCCAAGGGCGAUCUGUUUCAUCGUAGAUGUCAUCCGGAUCCUCACGCUUGCGUUUCCGGUGCCAGUUAGCAGGUCUAUCCCUUAACUCGCGGAAAUCGACAAGGUAGUACGACCCGUUAUGAAGCACUUUGCUAACGACGAAGGGUCCUUCCCAUGGAGAUUGCAGCUUAUGGUCUUUCACCUGUCGAAGGCGGAGGACCAGGUCUCCUGCCAUAAAGGAGCGUUUCCGAACUCGACGACUGUGAUAACGUCGGAGCUUUUGCUGAUAGAUGGCGGAUCUCUGAUCUGCUAAGUUCCGAGCUUCCUCGAUCAGGUCCACAGA